AUGGCGGAUAAAUCAAUCGCUCAUUCGAGGAUGAACUCGUACAGGGGUGACAAACAAGUGCAGAAUUUUUUUGUGCGAAACUUGUUUUCUCGAGUGGUCAGGCUGCUCGAAUUGGGAGUGAUACCUGUGUUCGUAACUGACGGGAAAGCGCCUGAAGCCAAGAUGAAGACGAUGGCCAGUCGCCUUGGCCAGGCUGAGCUCUCAAGCACCAAAAGAACGAGAUUCGCGCAAGUUCUCAAAAAAUGUACGGACUUGUUGGACGCGAUGGGUAUUCAAUUCAUAGCCGCUCCAGGAGAGGCAGAAAAAAUGGCAUCGACUCUUCAAAUAGCCGAAAAAGUUGACGCUGUCUUUACCUUUGACGGAGAUGCUUUUUGCUUCGGCGCAAAUUGUAUUUAUCGAACUUUCUCUUGUGAUACAGAUGCCGAGUUCGAGUUCGUCUCUUUAGAGAAAAUCAAGGAGUUAUACAAAUACUCGCGAUUCGACUUCAUCGUGUUCGCUGUUCUUUGCGGAUGUGAUUACUUCUCGACAGGAAUAAAAGGGGUCGGACCCAAGAUGACUACGCGGCUGGUGAUGGACUGGAAGAAGAGAAAAUUUAAUCCGCUCCGGCGUCUCGCGGAUAUAAAAAGCGGAAAAGCAAUGAAGAUGGAGAAGGAUGAGGUGAAACUAAAGGCCGCUUUCAAAAACUACCCCGAGCUAGACAUGGAUGCAUUGAUCGUGGAAUUUAUGGCACGAGAAGAGGGAACGAAGGCGGAAGGAUUCUGCCUCAAUCGAAAUCUUCGAUGCUCGGCAACUAAGUUUAUUGGACUCAUGGAACGGCUGCUUGACUGGACCACUGUGAAGUCAAUGGAAAAGUUGAUUGAGUUCCAAUUGAGGACGCAGCGACAAGUAGACGAAUUAGUGGCGCUGUCACUUGUGAGAAGCCUAAAAGGCGCCAAAUCGCACAUGAUUUGCUUCCAAGCGGGGCAAGAGAGGGCAGAAGUUAAAUUGAAAACAGAAGAAGUGCAUAUUAUCUGCCCACAACUGGCACCAGCUUCGCUCAAUCCACUGCCAAAGCCAGAAAGCAAUAAUGACAUCCGUCGCUUUGUCGUGACGAAAGAGACAAAGCGAAAACUGAACUCGCCUCAAGUAAAAAAACCCGAAAAACUGAUGAAACACUUGACUCCUCAAAAGCUUGGCGAUGUUUCUCAAAAACUAGACGAAGACUUCAACGCAGGAGUGGACAACAUCUGCGAUAUCUUAGAGAAAUCUUCUUUGGACGACGAUUUAGACAUUCCAGAAGACGACAGCGACGAGCUUUUCAAUUUGAACCGAGCUCUUAAUAAAAAAUCGACCGAGAACAAAGAGAAUAGAUCCACUGUCACUGCCAAGAAGAAACUCGCUCUGAAAUACAAUUUUAGCGACUCAGAUUAA